CGGGGCUUGACCUGCCGUUCAGAGAGUCAACAGAAGCCAAAGAGUGAAAAUCAGUGCAGAACUACGGAGGAUUUUAACCGCAAAAACAGUAUUUAUCCUCAGAUCUUCCUUCAGUCUGAUGGGUUCAACGUCUCCAGCAUCAGAUCUCCAUCUUUAGCAUCAUGGCUCUCGCUGAGGAGACGCCCGAGAAGCACUGCUGGGUUUGUUUUGCCACUGAGAGGGACGACCACAGUGCAGAGUGGGUGAGUCCCUGCAGGUGUAAAGGCUGCACUAAGUGGAUCCACCAGGCCUGUCUGCAGCGCUGGCUGGAUGAGAAGCAGAAAGGAAACAGUGGAGGGUCGGUGAGCUGCCCUCAGUGUGGAACCCAGUACCACAUCGUCUUCCCCAAGAUGGGUCCGGUGGUCUACUUCCUGCAGCAGGUGGACCGAGCUCUGUCCAGGAUCAGUCCCUUCGCUGCCGUCGGAGUCGUGGUCGGGACGGUUUACUGGUCGGCGGUGACGUACGGAGCCGUGACGGUCAUGCAGGUGGUGGGCCAUAAGAAGGGCCUGUACGUGAUGGAGCGAGCCGACCCCCUGUUCCUGCUCAUGGGUCUGCCCACCAUCCCAGUGGUUCUGGUUCUGGGGAAGAUGAUCCGCUGGGAGGACUACCUGGUCCGGCUGUGGCAGAGAUACUCGUACAAACGGAAGCUGCCGCCAGGCAGCAGCCGCUACCUUCCUCGGGUCCCAGUGGAUGGACCCAACUCUGGAGAUCACCUGUCGGUGUCCAGGACUCUGUGUGGAGCUUUGAUUUUUCCCUCCAUCGCCAGUCUGGUGGGUCGGCUGCUGUUCAGACGGACGUCCUCCAACCUGCAGAGGACCAUACUGGGCGGCAUCGCGUUCGUUCUGAUCAAAGGCGUGUUGAAGGUUUACUUCAAGCAGCAGCAGUACGUCAGUCAGGCCAACAGACAGAUCCUAAACUACCCGGAGAGGAGCGGCGGCGGACAAACCGACGGCAGCGACGACACCGAGGACAGCGGCAACGAGUGACUGUCACAGUUAGAAAGAAAGAAACGGAACCUGGAGGGAAUUUCUUGAAGCUGAAACACUCUGAGAGCUGAGGAGAAGCUGCAGGACGAACUAAAACCCUGAGGAGCAGCACUAGAAGGUAGAAACACUGGAGCUCCUGCAGCCUGGAACUCUUUAAACACCAGCUGAGGCCUUAGAUUUCAAUUCAGCCCAAAUAACGACUGAAUUCUCCCCGUUUAGACACAAACUGUAGCAUUUCCCAAGAAAACAACUAAGUCUGGAGCUGAAAACCAUCUUUUUAGUCAUUUAUCAUCCAGAGAUGUUUAAAAACUUUCUCUUUUCUCUCACAGUAAACUCAACUCUUUCUAUUUAGAUUCAUUUUCACACAACUUCAGGUCAUUUUUUCACUAAGUAUUGAAACAAAAAAAAUCCAGACACAGAACAAAAACAAACAGAUAACAAGGAAAUGAGACACAAAACACGACUCAGAAUGUCACAAACGAGAAAGACGAGACACAAAACAGAAAAAGGGAGACGCAGAAUGAUGAAAAUGACGAACAAAAUGACAAAAAUGUGACCCUAACACACAAAAACAACACAAAUCUGAUGCAAAAUGACCAAGAUGAGUAAGAAAAAAUAGAAACAAAGCAAUAAAAAACACACACAAAACAACAAAAAGCAGACACAAAACAAGGAAAACAAGACAACACAGAAAAAGAGAGGUGCGUAACCCUAACAAAAUGACCCCAUGAGGAAAAAAAUGUUCCAAAGACAAACGAAAAGACAGAAAAAUGACAGAAGGGAGACAAAAAAAUGACCAAGAUGACCAUAAAAUAACAAAAACAGACACAAAAUUAGAAAAACUGACACCAGAUCAGUUUUACAUCCAUCCAGAUGUCAGUCUGAAGAAUACAUCUGGUUUUUGUUCAUUUUCUCUGCCACAAAGAGACAAAAACUGUCCCAAAGACACACAAAACGAUCAAACCUGAGACAAAAUGUCACAAACAAGAGAGACGAGACACAAAACAGAAGAAGGGAAACACAGGAUGAUGAAAACGACAAACAAAAUGACAAUAAAAAUGUCCCAAAGACACAAAAACAACACAAAUCUGAUGCAAAAUGACAAAAGGGAGACAAAAAAUGACAAAUAUGAGCAUAAAACAACAAAAAACAGACACAAAACAACAAAAACAAGACACAAAAUCCCUAAAUCUAGACACAAAGCAUAAAAAAGAAGGCACAGAACAAGAAAAAUGAGACACAAAACACUCACAAACGGAAAAAAUCAAGUAAAAUGAGACACAAAAUGUUACAAACUAGAAAAACAAGACACAGCAGACAAAAACGACAAAAGAAAUGACAACAAAAAACUGUUUCGAAGACAAACAAAACAACACAAAACUGACAGAAGAGAGACAAAAAAAGACAAAUAUGAGCAGAAAACAACAAUAAACACAAAAUGCUUAAAUCUACACACAAAACAAAAACAAACAAGAGACAAAAACUCAACAAGGAAAUGAGACACAAAACAGAAAGAGAUGCAGCAUGACAAAAACAACAACAAAAUGACAACAAUGUGAAAAAAAAAAGUCCCAAAAACACAAAAUGACACAAAUCUGAUGCAAAAUGACAGAUGGGAGACAAAAAGAUGACAAAGAUGAGCAGAAAACAACAAAAAACAGACACAAAACAAGGAAAAGAGAGAUGCAAAAUGACAAAAACGGCAAAAAACUGACACAAAACUGAUAUAAAAUGACAAAGAUGAGCAUUAAACAACAAAAAACACACAAUUAAAAAACGAGACAAAAACAAGGAAAUGAGACACAACAUAAAAAGAGAAUCGCAAAAUGACAAAAAUGACAAACAAAAUGACAACAAAGCGAUAAAAAAAUGUCCUAAAUUCACACAAAAUGACACAAAACUGAUGCAAAAUGACAGAAGGGAGACAAAAAGAUGACAAAGAUGAGCAGAAAACGACAAAAAACGGACACAAAACAAGGACCACAAAACAGAAAAAGAGGGAUGCCAAAUGACCAUAAUGAGAAAAAAACUGUCCCAAAGACACAAAGCAACACAAAACUGAUGUAAAAUGACAGAAGGGCGACAAAAAAAGGACAAAUUUGCGGAAAAAAUGACUGAAACGAGACACAAACUGACUCCAGAUCAGUUUCACUUCCAUCCAUUUCUCCUAAAAAACAUCUGAAUUUAAAGUUUCCAGCUCAGAAUUUAACAGAAACACCAACAAAGAAAUCUGCGUUUUGUCACUAAAACAUUCAGAAUUAGUUGAUAUUUGUGGAAAAUUUAAGUUUGUCAGAGUUCAGAUUAGAACAAAACAAUAAACAGGAACUUUUUUUGCUCUCAGAGACGAUCAUUGAGUUUAAUAUUUAAAUCUGAAUCUGAAGUUUGGAAUCAACUAAAAACUUCCAGAUUUUGUGAUUUUUUUUUUCUUUGUGCUCAUCUGAAAACCAAACUGGUUUCUUCAGAUUUUUGGGGGAAAAUGUUUGAAAAAUGUUGAAAUAAAUGCUGAAAUGUUAUUUGUUUGAUUAAUUUAAUAAAGGAAAGUUUUUACUUCUGGAAUCCAGCUGCAGUAAAUGUUUGUUUAAAGAUCUAAUUUAUUCUGUGAUGAUUUGUUAAAUAAAGAUCUUUAGGAAUCAC